AUGGAGUGAUCAGCAGCACUUCUACUUUAACAACCUGUGGAUAAAAAGUGGGCCUGGGUGAGCUGGUAAAGCAUCGGGCAGCUGAUUCUGUCAUGCAUGUGUUGUGGGAAUGUGUUUUCUGCGCGCUUGUUGUGAUCAGGAACGUGGGGACAAGCGGAGAGUUGACCAACACUCAGGGACACCUUCUGCAUGCUGAUGAGAGGAACUUCACAAAGCACGACUCCAUGAAACAAGAAGCCUUUGAGCAGCUGCAGGCCCUACCAGGCUCCACCUUUAAUCUGAGGGUCCAAGUCAACGACAUGCUGAGUCGGCAGCCACUGAGUCGGGCAGCGCUGGACCUCUUCGUCAACCAUAGGUUGAACAGCACAGCUUUGAGUGAGGAGGACGGCAGCGUGCGGCUUCGUGUUCCUUUCCACUCAGGGCUGCCCAUCACAGUUGUGGCCUCUAAGAAAGGCUUUAUUUCUGCUUUACUGCUGUGUAAAACCAGUAAAAUACCCAUCUUCUCAUCUAUAAUUGUUCCCCUGCUGCGUCUAAAUCAAGGGAACAUCUGGCUCUUUGAAGAUACGGUUCUGAUCACUGGGAGAACUGCUGCUGCUGUUUCCCAGCCCACGGUCAGGUUUCCUCAGAGCCUCCUGAACCUGACCCACAGCAGGAACAUCAGCUCCAUCAGAGCAUACCUGACGGUUCCUAAACUCACCUCACAGCAGGACAGCUCUCUCAACACCCUGGGCAUCAUCAGCAGCCAAUCAGGAUACAUAAGUGUGGAGCUAAGUCCAGUGGCAGCAGUCUGUGUGCAGCUUUUCUCAGGAGACACGGAGCUGCAGGUGAAGGGGCCGAUCCAGAUCAGCCUCAAUGUUCCUGACAGCUGUGGCCUCCAGGCUGCAGACGUGGUUCCAGCCUGGUUCUUUAACAGAACUAUUGGUGGAUGGAUGAGGAAAGGACUUGGAAUGAUGAACCUGGUAGAAGGAAAACUGAUGUGGACGUUUGCUGCCCCUCAUCUGGGCUACUGGAUCGCUGCACCUUUGUCCCCAAAUAGAGGUAUCUUUGGAUUCCCUGCGCUUCUUGAUUUCAUCUCUCAACAUUCGUUUUUUCUUACGGUUCUUGUUGGAGGAACACUUUUUGCUUUUAUUUUGUUUCUGCUUGGACUCCUAUGUUUCUGCAGAAGGAAAAUCUUUAAAAACAAAACUAGAAAGGCGUCAACAGUGAUGAGAAAAGACCAAACCACCUCCACAGUUCAUGACGAGGAGUCUGAGGCAUCCUCAGCCUUACAGCAUGCUGAUGGAGAGAACCAACGUUCAAACCGGUGCCUCGAUUCCUUCCUUGCAAUGAAGAGCGGAGAGGUGAUCGCCAACCUUGGCGCUGCAGCGGUUCCAUCAGAGUGUAACACGCUGGACGUUAUUAAUAUGACCUCAGAACAAACUCCAGUCCCUUCAUGUCACCCAAAUGGUUUGUUCUUCUACAACCAACCUUUGGCCAUCCUUCCUGCUCCAGCAUUUUUUCACUUGGAGGAACAUCCGGAGCAGGCCGAUUGGAGCAGGUCAGCCACUCUGCCACGGGUCGGAGCUUCAAACGGAGCUGCAGCAGAGCCUCAGAGGAAAGAAAGCUUCACCCAGACUUUCCACACCGAGGACCAGCUCCAAAGUUCUGAGGGCUCUCCAGGACCAUCUAACACAUCCAGAAUGCCCUUCAACCUCCCAGAGUCGGCCUCGGUACCAGGAACGCUGAAUAAACUGGCUGGAAGCAGACAUUCUGUCCACGCCAUCACAGGUUUAUCUAAAAUCCCUUCUCCUCAGCCUCCACGGGCCUGGUUCGUCUCCCUGGAGGGAAAACCAGCCGCAGAGAUCCGGUACGCCGUGUCGGAGCAGCAGAGGAGACGGAGGCCCAUGGAGAGUCGAGAAACCAGUUUGGACUCAGGAGUGGACCUAAGCGAACUCAAUCAGUCGACUGGAAGGAGGCCUGUAACUCUGGAGAGAAACGCCACAUUCAUUAAAAGCCCUUCCAAUAACAAGAACGCACCUCAAGAGUAAAAACUGGGUUUUAUCAGAGUUACAGGUUUAAUUUUGACAUGGGGAUUGACCACAGUGCAGAAAGACUCUGACCAUACAGCUCACAACAGCUGCAACUCAAAACUCCUUCAUCAGGCAUUGUUUAAGCCUUUCAAAGUCAUGCCUUAACCAUUACUUAGGUAUUAAUUUAUGAAAUAUAGAUGCUUCCUUCCAGCCCCAAAGAAAAAUACUUGCCUUUAAAGCGAAGCCAGCUCUCCUGUCUGGGUUCCUCCGUUUCAUUACAUCACAAAUUUCUGAAGGUUAAAAAAGUUGUAG